AUGCCAGCCCACAACCCUGCCAGCUUGUCAGAGGACCCGACCGUUAACACCACCAACGACUCUACAAAAGACGUAACCAAUGCGCCAACGGAUAAGGCCAACGAUGGCUCAACUAUCCACGAUACAGACGAUUCUUCUGACAUGAGGAAACGAAUGCGUUCAGAUGAGUUCAUAGAACGUGUGCGGAAGCGCAUGUGGAAGGAGUUGGACGAUGACGCCGACGUCCCAAACCUCGACUACACCGAACAAGAUCCCAUCCAACGCUCGCGGUCACGAGUGCGAGAACAUAUGGAGCGGGCCUCAGCUCUCUUUUUCGUUGAGCUAGCACCACCAUCGACGGCAAGAGGAGCUCGUUGCCAGUUUGUCGACUGCGACAAGAGAAUCAAAGAAGGCGACUACAGGAUUGCCGUGGUCCCGGGCAUGAACAACGUGUACCAGAGUCCAGGCAAGUAA